AUGACUUCGCUUCCAGCCUACGACAGUGACCAAACGGUCCAAGGCGAACCCAGCUUGAGUGGGGCAUCGAUUUCGCCUACAGGACUGACGAUUACCCUUCGAGAUGUGAGCAUUCGCGUUCAUGGUAUGGGCGAAGACUUUGGCUCUACUUGCCUGUCUGUUCUUGGCGACUUGAUUCCGUUUGGCAAGAGCAAGAAGUCUCAGAGGAAUAUUCUCCACAACAUCUCAGGUCAAGUUCGUCCAGGCGAAAUGCUCUUGGUUCUCGGACGACCUGGUUCUGGCUGUACCUCACUACUGAAGAUCAUCUCCAACCAACGAGAAGAGUUCCAUCACGUUAACGGAGAUGUUAGAUAUGGCAACCUAGGCCAAAAGGGGGCCCAGCAGUUUCGGAAUCAAAUCGUCAUGAAUACCGAAGGCAAGUUUACUGGUGUCUGA